AUUACGUAAAUAUGAUAAUAGGAGGGAGAGAGGAAACAGUCCAGGGCAGUAGAAGAUUGGCGAGACAAAAUAGCUGAUAUGUGAUCCAUGAAAUGGCUUGGGAGGGAGGCAUUCGUUUGGUGUUGUCGUUACUAUUGUUGGUCACACAAGCGCAGAAAGCGCUAACGGAAGUGAAAUUCUUGAAAACGGAAAUCAAGAGGAACAACAUAUCAUUACCGCUGGCUGUCUCUCACUUGGCUUCGACAAAUACAACGUCAUCGAGUGGUGCGACGAUAAAUAAUGCUAAAGGCCAAACUGCCCUGAAAGACAAGGGGGAAAAGAAGUCAGAGUUUUACGUUGUUAACAAUGGCCUACUACUUUUACACCCAAAGAAAGCUGUAACAUUGUCUGGGGUAAAAAAAUCUACUGAGCCAUCCCCUCCGCUGAUAAAUUACCAUGUUAUCAAAAGGUUAAGAAACAACGUUACCAAAACAACAGACAUCAGUUCGAAAGGACAGGAAAGCCAUCUCAAGAAGCGUUCUUUGUCGAAAGAAGCCCGUCGAAUUGUCCAUCCUGCCAUUGGGCAGGAGAUGUUGCGUGCGGCACGGCGACUCGCCAUUCCCGGACUUUAUCACGGCCGAAUUGUGUCAAUAAAUAGAUAUCAAAAGUCCAGCAAAGAGCGGUUCAAAUUUUAUCCUUUAAAGCUUAAAAAAAAUUCCAUUGACGGCAAAAGCGUCUAUUUGGAAGAAAAGGCGUUUAAAUCAAGAAAAAACGAAAUUGACAAUCCGCUUUUCGAUGAUGAACAGGAAAUGAAUUUUAAACGUAAUAGAAAAGAAAACUCUCAUAAAAGGAGAAAAGUGAGUGUUGCUAAGAAGCGAACUAAGUCAAUUCCUCCUAUCAAUAAUCUCCCUGACAUCAAAGAAUAUUUUAUGAAACCAGAUGAACUGCACGAAUACCCACGGUUUGGAAUUUUGCCGUUUCAAGGUCACGAGUAUCCUCGCUUCCCGGUUAGGCCCAUCAACGCUUUUAUUUAUCCGAGAUUUCCAGAGAGCAGCCAAGAGACACAAAUGCUACAUCGUUACCCAAUCCAACCCGCAAAUCUGGCAAAAUAUCCCCGCUAUCCAAGCUUCUUUCCUGUGAAAGAGUUCCCGAGAUCAGAGAAAGGUCUAAAGAGAUUUAUUGAGUACCCGAGAUUUGAAGAAAUCAAACCAUUAAACCUCGACGAGGCGCCAAGGUUCCCACGUUAUCCUGAAGCUACACCAAUUCCUGAGAUAAAGGAUAUUGGUGAUGCAGAUAAGAGGAGUGGGCAUACACAAGCUAACGCUUUAUCAAAGAGACAUAUCAUAGCAAAGGCAAAAACAGGGAGAGCAGAAUUGUAUGGCAAUUAUGAUUAUGAUGAUGAUGAUGACGAAGAUAGCGACGACGAAGAUGGUGACGACGACGAUCACAUCCAUAGUUAUAGGGACAACCCUUCAGAUCAAUGGAUGCGUAACUGGAAUGACGACUUAACUGAAUCAAUACCUCCAAUAUCUCAUAUUAAUCACAUUCGCAGUCCUCCAAGCAUUCCCGAAAUCCAGGAUAUACCGUUUUUGCCUGAAAUCCCAGCUCUUCAUGACAUCAAGCCACUGAAAUCAAUCAAACCAAUUCCAUCUGCAGACAAAACUGCUGAAUCAAGAAACCUACAGAACGAAAAAGGCGCGAAAUUUGAAAGCAAUGACGUAAGCGUACGUGACUUGACUGAAAAGAAAACGGACACAUAAUACCCAGGGAACGAUAAUGUUUACUGCAUUGCACGGUAGUUCCUAUAAACACAGGAGCAUGCCAUAAAGUUGAGAAUCGUGUUUAACUUAGGACUAAAAACUAUUGUAUCAGAAACUGCGAUAAUAUGCCUACAUGGAGUUUAAGGCCAGUCUGAGCUUAUUAUGUAAAUGGAAAAUUCAUUAUGCAAGCAUCGUAUCCUUUGUUAGAAACAAAAUAUAGGGUUAAAUAUAAUGUUACAUCCCUAGAGCCCCUACCACUUUUCAGGAGCAUUAUAGGCCAAAGAUCUUAGCUACUUAUCUAAUUACAUUGCAUUAGCUGUUUCCUGUGCAUUCAGAACAUCAUUCUUCUUCUCAUAUGGUCAUUUAUUAACUAAUAGCUCCUUUGCAUUCACAUUGUCAGUUAAGGUAUCAAUAGUGUUAUGAGUUAGGGGCUGAGCCCUGCAAUGUAGAGUAAACCAAAAAAGCCUUUUUUAGAUUAGUUAUGUAUAUCUCUCCAAUGCUAAUUUAUACCUUUAUCAAUAUUAUCUUGAACACGUGAUAUAACUGUCAAUCAAACAGCUCAAUGUCAUGGCUAAGGCAUAAAAGUAUCUAUUAACCUCUACUAAACUGGGAAAGCUUUAUCACGACAAAUCGUUCACAAAGAAUAUGGAUGUAUAUGAUGCUUUCCUUUCAUUACCAAGUAAUAUCUGCGAAUGAUUCUUCUUCUGGUGAACAAUGGAAUGAAUUGCUAGGACACAUGCUGCUAAAUUUAAGUAUUUCAUGAUUUUGGAUGUACCUGAUAAUGAUUUUGUAUUCGUGUUUGUAAAAAGUUAGAAAUUGUCACGUCUAUAAUAAUUUAAUAGUUUAACUUUUGUAAACUUUAAGCAGA